AACCUCAAUUUGCUACCAACUUCAUAAAAUCAAUUUUCUUUCUUCUCACUCAUAAAAUUAAAACUUCAAUGGGUGAAGAAGGUAGCCUUUUGAUAAUUGUAACCACACUAGUUAUAAGUUUUGUAAUUGGCAUCAUUUUAAACCAUUUUUGGCCUUUGUUCUUCAACAAUAAUGGUACUACUACUACUCUUGUGAUUCCCAAGGGCACUUUUGGAUGGCCUUUACUUGGUGAAACACUUUCUUUUUUGAAGCCUCAUCCUUCUAAUUCUAUUGGUACUUUCCUUCAACAACAUUGUUCUAGGUAUGGGAAAGUGUUCAAAUCUCAUUUGUUUUUCUCUCCAACAGUAGUAUCUUGUGACCAGGACCUUAAUUACUUCAUACUACAAAAUGAAGAUAAGUUAUUUCAGUGUAGUUAUCCAAAGCCAAUCCAUGGUAUACUUGGAAAAGUUUCAUUGCUUGUGGCUGUUGGUGACACACACAAAAGGCUUAGGAAUGUUUCAUUAUCACUAAUCAGCACAAUUAAGUCUAAACCUGAGUUUAUUAAUGAUGUGGAAACAUUAGCCCUUCAGAUUCUUCAAUCUUGGAAAGAUAAAAAACAAGUCAGCUUCUGGGAGGAGUCAAGACAGUUUUCAUUCAAUGUGAUAGUGAAACAAGUUCUUGGAUUAACUCCAGAUGAUCCACAAAGUGCAACAAUUCUUCAAGAUUUUCUUGCUUUCAUGAGAGGCCUAAUUUCUUUACCACUCUACAUACCUGGAACUCCAUAUGCAAGAGCAGUGCAGGCUAGAAGUAGAAUAUCAUCAACUAUCAAAGCAAUUAUAGAGGAAAGAAGAAGAAAAGAUGAUGGUGAUGAUAGUAAAAAGAAUGAUUUUCUAGAGAUACUUCUUUGUGUUGAUACCUUAUCUGAAGAUGAAAAAGUUAGCUUUGUUCUUGAUUCUCUCCUUGGUGGUUAUGAGACCACUUCUCUCCUCAUGGCUAUGAUCGUUUUCUUUGUUGGUCAAUCACAAACUGUUCUCCAUCAACUUAAGGAAGAGCAUGAUAACAUAGGAAGCACGAAGGAAAAGGAGGAGUUUUUGAGUUGGGAAGAUUACAAGAAGAUGGACUUCACUCAAAAGGUAAUAAAUGAAGCUCUGAGAUAUGGGAAUGUUGUCAAAUUUGUGCACCGAAAGGCCCUUAAAGAUGUCAAAUUUAGAGAUUACGUGAUUCCAGCGGGUUGGAAGGUCCUACCAAUAUUCAGUGCAGUUCAUUUGGACCCAACAGUUCAUCCUAAUGCCCUACACUUUAAUCCUUGGAGAUGGGAGAGUGAUGAGCAAAUAUGCAAGAAAUUGACUCCAUUUGGUGGAGGGUCAAGAUGUUGUCCUGGAUUUGAACUUGCAAAGGUUGAAGUAGCAUUUUUCCUCCACCACCUAGUACAAAAUUACAGAUGGGAGGUACAAGAAGGAGAAGGGCCUAUUGCAUAUCCAUAUGUGGAGUUCAAAAAUGGUUUAACAAUCAGACUUCAUCAAAAUUCUAUUUAGGCCCAUGGAUUAGGCAAUUGAAAGUCCAAUGAUAUGUCAUUAGUAUACUUAUGAUAAUCAUCUGUUUUCCCUAGUACAGAAAGAAAACAGGAUUUCCUUUUUUUAUUUCUUUUUCUUUUUUUGGUGUAUGCAUACAUAAUUCCGGGGAGAAAUGUAAUAAUUUUUCUGCACUUUCUUUAAUGUCUAAGUAUUAGUCGAUUCAUAUUCAUGACUCAAA